AUGGCUUUGGACAUUCUUGCCGUGGCCCCUUUCUACCAAAGCCCCGCCAUAAACAAAAUGGGGUUAAAGACAGGCCUGUUCAAAAAGCCAGAAGACCUGCUAAAACCCUUGGUCCCCUGUAAGACCAAACUCACCACCAUUGAGGCCAAGAGGAUCAUGUCCGUCCUGGAGGAGGCCAUCUACAAGGUGGAGUUGGUGACACUGCUGUCAUAUGUUGCCUCCAACCCAGAGGAUAUGGAGAAGGUUCUGGGGGAGGACAUCCUGAGGGCAAUGAGAGAGCAUGAGGACUUCUGCCAGGACCUUUUGGAAAAUGUCAGAUACAUAAAGGAGAAAGAAAGGAAGGUGCAGGAGGAGGAAGAUAUGGAGGAGGAAGCGUGGAUCAGAAGCCGUCUGCUCUCCAUAGACCUGCAGAAAUCCAGCCUCCUGCCACUUAUGCAAAAGAUCAAGGAUUCCACCAAGAACAUCCUGCGACUCCUUCUUGCUAACCCCCAGGCUGCCAGAUUUCUGCAGAUGCAGGCACUGGGCAGAAGCACAGAAGCCAAGAAGUUUAUUGAAAGCCUGAUGGAACUCCAGUGUUUCCUGUUUGAGAAGUUACUCACUAGCCCCAUGGAAGCAAGGGAGAGGGCCCAGUUCAUACAGGAUAUCAACAGACGAGACCAGAGGAACCAAGAAGUCAUCACUGCUCUUGAAAAUGAUUUGGCAUCAAGAAUGAAGAACAGGGAUGCAGAGCUGAAGAAGGAGAAUUUUGUGAUCCAAGAGCUGAAAAACCACCUGCAUCAGGUGCUCAAGUUCUCAGAGAACAGCGUCCUCCGAACCAAACAAGAGGCUGAAAAGCAGCAGAAGGCGGACUUCAAGGCCUCACAAGCCAGGAUUGCCAAGAUCCAGAAGGAGAUCCUGAUGUUGCGGUCACAGUUCCACAACCUGGUCACGGAGAAUCGGGAGGUGGAACAGGCGCUGAGGAAGAAGAAAUACAAAGUGGAGACAGAAAUUGAGAACUGGAUCCAGAAAUAUGAUAUAGAGAUGAGUGAAAAGCAGGAGGAGUUUGAGGAGCUGGACCUCAUCCACAAGGAGGAGAAGGUGCAGCUGGAAGAGCUGAAGCAGAGGCACGAUGUGCUGGUGGAAGAGUUUGCGCAGAUCCAGGAGGAGCGGGAGAUCAACUCCAAGAAACGGAUGGAGGCCGAGCAGGAGAUGGUGCGCAUGGUGCGUGCUGCCACUCUCAUCCAGGCCGUGUGGAAGGGCUACCUGGUGCGCUCCCUGCUCAGAUCCAAGAAAAAGAGGAGGGGCAAGGGCAAGGGCAAGGACAAGGACAAGGACAAGGAGAAGGGGAAGGACAAGGAGAAGGGGAAGGACAAGGAGAAG